CUCCCUCCACUCCCUCAGCUCCCUCAGCUCGCUGGCUGACGGGACUUGCCUGGCCGGCUUGGGGAUGCCGUAAAACAUAGCUGUUGCCCUUGCUCACCCCGGCUUGAACAGCAAUGUCUUGGCUACCGCUGCUGCUGCUACUGUUCUCGUUGAUGCUGUCGUUGAUGUUGAUGUUGCUGCUUGUAGAAACGCUAGAAAUUCGCUCGACCUGACCUUGGACUUCGGGUCGACCUGUUGACGUAGCAUCCAGGGUCGAUCAGCUUGAUCAUAUCUCGACCUCGAGCUCCUUUUCCUUCUCCGGACCACCUUCCUCACUUCCCCAGACCCCCAGACCCCAUAGAUACGCAAACAACGAACACAACGAAGAUGACGGCCAUAGUCUCCCCCCCGACCUUGCACCGCCACCCCUCCCUCACCUCAUCCCAAGAUCAAGCUCGACAACGUUACCUCUCCACCCCGGAUGCUGAAAAGUACGCGGCGAUCGACCGCGUGUUGGAUCGGAGGGGAGGGAGGACUCAUGAGGCUUUCGUUGGGGGUCAGGAGACCAAAGAAUUCCUCCGCAAAACCUGCAAGAUCCUCGUCAUAGGCGCCGGAGGGUUGGGCUGUGAGAUCUUACAGAACUUGGCGCUCAUGGGAUUCCGGGACAUCCACGUGAUCGACAUGGACACGAUCGAUAUUUCCAACUUGAACCGACAGUUCUUAUUCCGAGAGGCGGACGUGGGCAAGGCGAAAUCGAUCGUGGCUGCCGAGUUUGUCAUGAAGCGGGUCCCUGGGGUCAAGGUCACUCCUUACUAUGGCAAGAUUCAGGACCACGACGAGGCAUACUACAAGUCGUUCAACAUGAUCAUCACCGGUCUAGACUCGGUCGAGGCUCGAAGAUGGAUCAACGCGACGUUGGUGGGGAUGGUGGACGAGGACGAUCCGGAGAGCUUGAAGCCGCUGAUUGACGGAGGUACCGAGGGGUUCAAGGGGCAAGCGAGGGUCAUCCUUCCGACCAUGUCGGCGUGUUAUGAAUGUUCGAUGGACAUGCUGACGCCGCCGACGGUGUUCCCGAUUUGCACCAUCGCCAAUACUCCGCGACUGCCCGAACACUGCAUCGAAUGGGCGAGCGUGCUCGAAUGGCCAAAGGCGUUCAAAGACAAGAAGCUCGACAACGACGACCCGGACCACAUCGAGUGGUUGUACCAAAAGGCAGCCGACCGUGCCAAGCAGUACGGGAUCGAAGGUGUCACCUGGAGCUUGACGCAGGGGGUCGUCAAAAACAUCAUUCCCGCCAUCGCUAGUACCAACGCGAUCAUUGCUGCGGCUUGUUGUAACGAAGCUUUCAAGUUGGCCACGACGUCGGCGCCAUCGCUGGACAACUAUACCAUGUACGUCGGCAACGAUUCGAUCUACGCGUUCACGUUCAAGCACGAAAAGAACCCGGAAUGUCCCGUCUGUGGAGGAGAGACUGUCGACCUCAAGGUCAAGAAGGGGACCAAGGUCGAGAGCUUUAUCGAAAUGCUCACCGAAAACCAGCGAUUCCAAAUCAAAAAACCAUCGAUAUCGUUCGGUAGCGGACAGCCUCUAUUCUGGCAGGCACCUCCUCAAUUUUACGAACAGACCAAGCACAACUUGGAAAAGGAUCUGGACGAGCUGAUCGCUAGCGGCGACGAGAUCACCGUCACCGACAAGGCUUUACCAUUCAGCUUGGAUCUCCGGAUCGAGUUCGAAUAAGUCGCCCAGUUUCCGAUACCGAAUGGGAGGAACGGGCAUUCGAUGCUCGACGUUUAACGACACUUGACGAAUAUAUAGGCUCUGAUUGUACUGAAGAUCAUGUUAUGUCUGAAAUGCAACAAAAUACGUUAUGCAAGACGAUUACAGUCGAA